ACAAGGCAGCAUAUUAUAAAUGUUUAGAUGUGAGCUUCUAACGGCAGGUUAUUUUAGGUUGACAUAUACUGCAUGGAAAUAUUGGAAUAUUACAUAAUUCAUGCGCUUAUCAUGACGUGGAAAACGCUGUUUUGUGGGAUGCAGAUUCUGAGUAUUGCUAUGUGCCAUCAUACAAGUUCAGAAGUGUCAAGCGAUAACGUUACGGGUGAAGCAACUACGGCCGUGCUUGUAUCUACUCAGAGCAACACCUGUUCUUGUGAUUGUGAUGCAAAUGGACUAAUUUUUUACUCUGUCGUAAACAUCACCGAGGAGCUACAGUUGAAAUUGGAUACUCUGAAGAAAGAAACCAAGGUUGACGAGGAGAAUUUGUCAUCGACGAUUAGGGCGAGGACAAGUGCCAGUGACCCACGCCCAUCCUCUGCUUAUGUUGGAUACGUUGGAAUAGCGCUUCUGGCCACGACAUUUGGAGGAAUUCUUCUACUCGACCUGCCAAGAAUGAUCAUGAUGUUGAAAACAUUUUUCUUAUGAAUUGAUUCCAAGGUUUUAUUGUAAUUCCUGGUUUAAUAGUUGUUUAUUUUGAUAUUCUCUACUCUUCUGUAAAGAGCGCCGAGGAGUUAGACAAUCGCAAGUUUUUAUCAUAAUUCUUGCUGUCGACGGGAACGAUUAUGAUGUCACUAGAGCAAUAAAUAGAUUAAUUGUGCAAAUUUAAA